GACCGUUAGAUUAUUUUGAAAAACUAUUCCCUCGAUUUCUGAGUUCCGGAUAGCCAGCGGAGGCAGUGAAGACAUUAUCGGAAGAAAUCAUCAACAAAAUGGCGUACGACCAAUAUCGCCGCGUUCAUGAUGUGCUGCACGGAAACAAUGCAAUACUGGAAUAUAUUGAAAGCGAACGGCUGCGUAAUCCGAACGCCGAAACCCUGUACUGGACUGGGCUGGUGGCACGCAAUUUGCUCUCCCUGUCCGGCUUGGCCGAUGCGGUCCCGUUCGACGGUCGUCCAGCGGCGGAACGGACCCGUUAUCGUCGACCACGCCGUCCAUCGCCAGGCUACGGAGCUUCCAGCCCAUGCUGUCAACCUGGCUGGGUACUGUACCGCCAGCCCGCACCACCGGUGGUGCACCACGUGCUCCAGAUAUACACGCUGGGCAACGUGUACUACCAGCCAUGGUUUGAACUGCCGAGACUGUCGCGGACGUACUCGUAUUCGAGCAUUCCCCUUGGGAUUGGGACAGCUUUUCCACGUGCUGGUUCGUUCAAUCGCAACGUUGAAAAUUGCGCGCAGGCUGUAGCUUUGGAUCUUGCUGCAGACAGACGUGCGACUCCCGUUGAUGCCCCGCAGAUGACCGAUGAGCGCGCCCAAACUGAGGAGCUCGUCAACCGGAUGUAAUAACGUUUCUAAGCAACGGCGACUUUCUUCAAACUAUUCUUACGCGUCGCCAAAAAAGGCCUUCCCUUCAUCGGACAGCUGAAACGUUCAAACUCUCGCUGCACCAGCUCCGUCUUGUUGCCCU